CAUUUUCCUCCCUCCUCAAGUAUUGUUGUGUGAAUGCAUUCUCAGACUAUGAGUGAAACUUCGAAGUGCUUAGACGCUAUGCAAGCGCUUAGUGCAAUACAAAAGAUACCAAUGGAUAUUUCUUUAUGAAAGAACAAAAUGUGAUGCUCCUGUAAAAAAGUAAUUAAAAGUACGAAAUCCGCGUUGUGUACGCUGACGUCUCAGUACAAUUCGGUGUUCAAGUUUUCGAAAGUUAUCUAUGACUAGAGAACAUUGAUGUUUGGCUGUUCAAAACGUUUGAAAAGAAAAAAAUACGGGAAACGUCUAAAAUGGCAAACUGAAAAGCGCGCGUGCGUCAAUUUUCUCCACAGUUACAUACGAAUACAAUGAGAAGUCCGUGUUAUCAACGGUAGCAGAUAAACAUAUCGUAACGACCGUGAUGUAGGCCACCGAUCACUGCGACAAUAAUUCUAGGUACAUCACACAACUCUGUCACACAGAUCAACUUGCUGGCACAUAACGGCCACGAAAGUCGACAGGAAAAGCCAAAAAACCCGACCCGAGUCGAAUCGUGUCCGUGCCAUCGAACGGUAGGAGGAACAAAUGGUUCCAAAAACUUUUCCGCAACCAUCCCUUAAAAAGAAAAAAACGGACGAACGUUUCUAUUUUCAAGUGCAAAAAAUAUAUUUAGUGCAAAAGUGGGAAAAAUGCAGCCUUAUUUCCUAUACAGUUUAAUUGCAAAGGUGAAAAUUCGAUAAAACUACAAUCUUUAUACUGCAAACAACUAUGUCUAGUGAAACAGCUCAAUUAUUUCAUCCCAUGCAGUAAACAACUUUAAUAAAAUGAUAAAGAAAGAUUUCCGCCAAUGAAUAACAUGACCCCGAGAAAAGGUGGUUUCUCUUCAGGUUCACAAAGCAGAAAAAUGACACCAUAUUUUCCCAUUUGGAUACCAGCAGCGAAAAAAGAGCAGAUCGGCUUGCAAGACGCAACCGGGUGGGGAAAGAGAAAAGGGAGCGCCGAAGAAAAACUCCCGAUUAUCAGAGGCGAAAUCAGAUAUUUUACUUCGAUUUUUUCAUUAAUGUUUUCUGCUAUUACCUCUUGCAAUCACAAGUAGAUAACGGUUGGAAAACUCAUUCUCAUUGAAGUUGAAACUCCAUAUUAUCAGGGGUUGAAAGAGAACGCCAACGCAUUAUAAGUGCAUAACGGAGCAAACUCAGGAAAAGAAACAAGAAUUAACAAUAAUGCAGUGGUAGAAUUUCCUCUUGCAACGAUGGCAUUAAAUCUACGCGAAAAGUUACAAGUAAAAAGUUGAGAAUCGGGGCUCGAGAAAAGUGAAAUUGUAAAACGUCUAGUGAGCAAUGGUGAAGAUCUUAAAUCGAAACAAUUCAAGGGCUAUGAAGAAAAUUAAACAUCGAAAAUGGAAUGUUCUCCUGUAGCGGGUAAUAUAACGAAAGUAAUUACAAAUGAAUAGUAUAAUUAUAAAUCGUGGGCCUAAACAAAGUUGUUGUGCUUGUGAUAUUAUAAAAAAUAUAUGUGAAAAAUUUACUAAACACCUGAAACAAGAACAAUAUUUCCAUGACAAGAGAAACCCGGAAGGAAAGGUUGGAUGUUAUUCGAAAGAAAAGUCUGUGCCAGUAAACAUUUGUGUGUGUGUGUUUGUCCAAAGCAUAACUAACGAACGCAGUAGCUGCAAUAACAAAAAAAUUAUGAUGCUGUAAUAAACAUUCCUAGGAAUCAAAAAGCAGGUUCAAAGCUGCUUGAUAGUUUAGUUAAUUUGGAUAUUCUCUGAUGGGCACGCUUACGUCGUCCUCGACGACAACCACCUUUCCUGCCCCAAGAUCGAAAAUUUGCAACACGAGCAGCCAUGAAGAGGAAACGACUGAAGCCCGUCAGGCAACGGCCACGGCAGCGGUGGUGGCGGUGGCAGCGAUAUCCACCAUGGACCGAAACAGUCGAACUGACGCCAGUGGCCGAUCAGCAGCACUUGAAAGAGCCUAUGUGCACGAUGUGUACGAGCACUGCGAAGAACCGGUUGGCCAAAUACGACCGAAAGUGGCACAAUUCCUAGCAGGACUUGAACCCGGCUCAGUAGUGUGCGACGUCGGAUGUGGAAAUGGUCGCUAUCUCACCGGUUUCAACCCUACUAUCUGUACCAUUGGUGUUGACCGAUGCUACCGACUAGCGAAGGUCGGACGCAGUAAAGGAUCGGAGGUAGCAAUAUGUGAUAAUCUGGAACUGCCAUUUAGAGAUGAAUCGUUUGAUGCUGUUCUUUCACUGGCUGUUGUACAUCAUUUUGCCACCACAGAGCGCCGAGUCGGGGCAAUACGGGAACUGGCACGAAUCCUGCGCAUAGGCGGUCGCGUUAUCAUAACUGUUUGGGCCUUAGAACAACGACACAGACGUUUCGAGUCUCAGGAUGUGCUAGUUCCUUGGCAACCACCCCGUUCUAAAAAUUCCACUGUGUCUGACGAAGAAGAAGACGAAGACUUCCUUCCGCCAUACCACGCGUAUACGGAGGAUUCGACGAACUCAAGCCGCUCCGCUGGUGAUGGUGACAGUUCCAGUUUAUCAUCCUCGUCGCCGGGAGAGACGUGCUACAGCUUCGUUAGAAGAGCUAUACAGAAACUAGCUGGAAGUAAGAAAAGCCCAUGGUUUUUGGAAUCGUGGAGCUCGCGUGAAACAAAACACGACAGCAGUUUGGAAUACGAGGAUGCCAAGGAUCUACCAAUUGAACUGAGACGUCUAGAGGAUUUCGAUGACGUUCCGGAGCCACCAUUAUCUGCUGGCCUGAAAAGCCGGAGCUUAGGUAGUAUAUUAAAUACACCACCAAAAACCAUAGUUAGAUCACGUUCAAGUGUACCAAGUUUAGGUGCUCAAAUACCUGAAUCCAAAACAACACCUAGUGAGCCAUCAGCAUCCCGAAGACCAAAGCUUGUUAAACAGAAACCAUCUCUAUGCGAUGACGUAGAUUACAAACUGUGCGAAUCAGCACAGGCAUACCGGGACAUUAUAUUACGUAACGAGUCUAGAAUUCAACUGUUAAGAAAACAAAGCUCUCUGAAUGAGGAGCUCAUGGCUGAAAGCCGACUACGCGAGAAGGAGCGAAUUCGGAAACGGAUACAAAAACAAAUGUCCUUGAACGAAUCUUUCCUUUGUCGUUCACUGUUCACGAAACGACUCCAAGUGAUCAAGGAAGAGUUUACUACAAAAAUAAAAACAUCAACUGGUAGCCUAGAGCGAGUGACGAAGAAUGGAUUUGUUAAGAUAAUGCAAAACAUAAAAGCUACCGCUCAAGCUCACCAUGGCAAUACACAUCCACAUAGCCGAUCUUACGACUCGUACGUGCCCGGAUAUUCGCCAUACAGUCACGAUAACCGUCCUGUAAGUCACCAUCUUUCUAGAAACAAUUCUAUGAACAACAAUGGUGGUGGUAAUGGCUGUAACGGCACUGAGAAGCUCGGAGGUAUGGGUACCAGCCAGGAUGACACAAAACCACGACGCCAUUCCAGAGAAAGCGGCUCCGAAAGUUUUCGUUCCACUUUCAUUAAACGUCAACGUUUUGCGGAUUCUUCAAAAGACAGCAGCCUACAAAGUGAUACAAGUAUCGAAUCUGAAGACAGUUUUGCCUCUGUGAUCUACAUUCCGAAACCAGACCAGCAACAUCAACAACAGUCGUUUAGCUCAGCAGCUGAUGGGUUUUGUCCCGGUACAACACGAUUGCCUUCGGGACCUGCAUCUCCGCUUGUAAUGCCCUGUCCAACACCAGCCCAUUCCCCCGCCCCGCUACAUGUUAAUUCGGUCAACGAAAGCGCAGAAUGCAGCAAAUUCAGUUUCGAAGAUGCUACACUUUUGCAUAGAUUAGACGAAAUUUCGCCACCAUUAUCAUCAUCAACAACAUUUGUACAAAGCACGUAUAGCUCUAAAAUUAAAUUACUUAAAUCCCCGCCUUCAAAUGCUUUGGCUUGCACGAAUUCAACGACUUCAACUGCUUCUAGCAACAACAAGACCACGUCCAACAAUAGUAAUACUUGCCAAACCGAUGGUAAAAUAUUAACAACGGCUGAUAAACCUCCAGUACAGAAAAUUACUCGACAGCAAAUCAAAGAUUUGCCGCCGAUUCCUAAAUUUCGGAAAAGUGGCAACUAUCCGAUACUGCGUCGGCAGUCCUCCACUAGCACAGCGGUGCCUGUAGUGCCAAAAUUAUUAUCACUAGAAUUAUUCAACCCAGAAACUGAUGACUUGGACAGCGAUUAUAGCGAGCCAUCAUCGCCGGAUUCAAUUGAUAGUGUUAUAAGCGCCUUACGACCGUCAGGAGCCCCUCAAUCGGUUCCCGCUAGUCAACAACAGUCUACUCAUCCAAUAGCAACAACUAUUCCUCCGCUAGUUGAAGCAGCCGCUGUCGUUGCUCACAAGUUAGAAGAUGCUGUUGAAUUGGUAAUUAAAGAGAGCGAAUGCAAACCUAAACUAUCAAACGGGACAUCUGAAUCACACAGCAAUACGGAUGAUCAGGAUUCCGAUUAUACUUCCUGCAGGCAGCACCUGGUGGAUUUUGCAGAAAAACUAAGUGCUCAACUAUUGAAGGAACUUGAGAGUGAAAAAGAACAGCGAGAAGAAUCUUUCGAUGAAAACAAUAAGGAGUACAGUGAUAGCAAGUUUCGAACUAAAACACUUACACUAGCGGACGCACAGCCAUAUUUGAAAAAACUGAAUGGAGACAUGAGAGAUUUAAACCAACUACGAGCAGAGCUUCGAGAAAGAAGACUCAUGCUUGCGAACUUGAGUCAUGUGGGGACGAGCGGUUUAGGUGGAAGCAACGAUUCGCUAGGACCCAGCUACGGAUCAUCAAUGACACCAAUCAUUCAAGAGGAAUCAGACGACGAAGAGGAGCUUAUCGAUUCUUGUGAUUUCGAGCAGGAUGAUUUCGAAAACAGCAAUGGAGUGCGGGGUGCCAAGUUGAAUUCAACAAAAAACGAUGUAUUUGUGAUUAUUCCAGAGUUGGACGAAGACGAUGCUGACAUAACAACAAACGAUACAGCUUUACUGAUACAGGAAGAGGAAAGCUCGGAGGAGCUUCCUCAAAACAUUGAUAUAGAAUUUCUAGACGAAAGUAACAGUAACAAUAAUAGUACGAAUGAUAGUCAUUUAACUAGCAGUAGACAUAUUUUACCUCUGAAAACUAUCAAUUUGAGCUCCACUCAGUUGAGUGUUAACAUUGUAAACUCUCAACAACACAACAAAUCGGAAGCCAGCUAUAGCGGUGGAUACUGUUCGAGCAGCCAACAAUCCACUUCCCAACAAGACGCUACGUGUAUGGGAGGAGGAGCCAAUGAAACUAGCAAUAGCAAAAAAAUGCCUAGUACCAAUGAAUCAUCAAUUGAAUCUCACACUAGUGUUGACUCUUGGGCUCAUUCAAAUAGUUCGGCCUCGUUGGAUAGCCCCUCAGUGGGGGGCUCGGCCACACAUCAUCGCUACUAUCACGUAUUUCGGGAGGGUGAGUUAGAUGCGCUCAUCAACCACCACGUGGCUAGUUUACAUAUUGUUUCAUCUUACUAUGAACGGGCGUCGUGGUGUGUAGUAGCCGAAAAAGUUCAAGUUUGGACUAUAUAAAUAUACAGAAAGCAGACAAAAAUAUGCAACAGUUGACUAGAUAUGCAUUCUACGACGGAUUAAUUUGUUCCUAGUAGGUAUUUGUUAACACAUUCAAUUUGUACACAUCAGAUCAAAAAAAAAAACUAAGCGCUUCAUACAUCCAAAAAGUGUGAACGAGAUCCUUUUCUUUCGGGGAUUUUAUAAUCAAUGUGAGUAAACACGCUUUACUUGUUUUUAUUCAAAAUAAUAGUACAGUAUAGACCUGUUUACGUACGAAUGUGUUAGUGCCACUAGUUGAGGAAAGUAUUUACAAAUAGUUGUUUUGUUGGCAAUGCUAUGUCUUUAACAGCUGGACAAAUAUUCAGUUGAACACUCAUUACAUGUUUUAAACUUGUUCCUGAAAUAAUUUUUUCAUUCGUGAUCAGAAAUCGGAAGAUGCUGCUGAACAUAAUCGAUCAAAAUUGUUAAAAAGUGAUUAAAGUCGAAGCAGCGAGAUGAGAUGAUUUACAGUUUGGAGGAAACAAAAGUAACUUUACACGGGUUUACACGUUUCCUAGUGUGCGUAGGUGAAAAGUCACUUAUCUCUAUUAUGUCUCCAGUAUUGUUCCAGAAAAUAACGCUGGAAUAACAAGUUAGUUAUGUCAUAAUUGCAAGAAGGAGGUAAAGCUGGGGUUAGUAAGAUUGCAAAGUAACAGCACUUGGCCACAGAAAACGGUUUUAUACUGGAUCUUCCAUAUGCACUAACGCUAAUAGCAAAUUGCGAAGAUAUCAAAAUUUAAAAUGAUUCCGAGUCGACCGCAAAAUACCAGUGAAAUAAUUAUGAUUGUCGGAGAUAGUUCUAAUACAUUCAUGGGACCACUCUUAUACUUACAACGCGCAGUGGAAUAAUUAUGUAUCCAAGUCUAUCCCAGGCCAGUCUGCCAAUGUUAAGUGUUGUACUUGUGAUUUUCGUUUAGCUCGAUCUUUAAUCACUUUGAAGGCUCGUUGUUAGUAGCUUUCAUCACAAACAAUCUCUUUUAUUGGAAUUAUUGAUAAUAGGAAGCUUAUUUGGUUCUGUGAUAAAUCUGUAAAUAUUUUUGGAAUGCACCUUGCUCAAAAUUGCCAACUUGUUUGAUUUUUCUAGUACCUGAAUUUUGCAAAUCGAUAGUUUUUAGAAUUGCCGAAACAAUCGACAAACGUGGCGCUAUUCACAUUGCAAAAAUUAUUUUGUAUUUUUACCAAGUGCUAACUUAUUAACCACAGCAAUUUGAAUUCCGAACUCAAGAACUGUGGAUAAUAUUACCAGCUAUAUUUGAUCUACUGGGUUCAAUACAAGCUAUAAUCGAGCUCUACCACAUGUAACACCACGACGACCGAUUGUAAUUUUAACGUUUUUUUUAUUUCUAUACGACGUCUCAUAUGUGAAACCCACUCAAUUUGUAGAACAUCAUUUUGAACUUAUUGAAUUGAUUUAGUAAGUUCAUACCUAUAGCAAGAAAAACUACAACUAAGCGAGAAAAAGGCUCUAAAAAUGUAUUAUUUAUGUCUCUGUGAUUCAUAUACUACAAUAGAAAGUAGAUACGUAAGAAAAAAGAAGAAUCGAGAAAUAAUGGUGACAAAACUUGCAUCAUUCCAAAAUAAUAUUGUACAUUAUUGUUUUUUCCUCAGUAUAGUACGAACGUGAAUUGAAAACAUAGUUAUUCGAUAUAAGGAUUGAAUCGAAAACUUUUUCAAUAGUUUACUUUUGCUUAAGAAUAUGCAGCGUUUGAUUCAAAACUAUUCCUAAGAGCAUACCGUAAAACGAUUCGAAUCGUAAGACACUAUUGCCGAUAUUUCUGGUGGGACCCUUUUCAACUCAAAAUCUUAUAAACAUAAAAUACAAAGGUUGAAAAAAUGAAUUUUAUGCCAUACAUAUUUCCUUACGCUGAACGCUUUAUUCAGUUCGUCGACAUUGUUUUUUUUCUUUCACGACAUUUCUAGGACUCCCGAAACGGUUCCUGGAGCAGUUGUAUCAUCUGCGUAUGAUAUAAGUACAAUGCAAAUAGCGUCAUCUUUCUAUAACUAAAAAAAGGUGAAUAGGUUGUAAAUAUGUCCUCUAGUUAUUUAUAAAAUCAAAUAACACAAACGUUUUUGUAGCGCAUUUUACAAGUAAUGAAAGAAAAUUCGUUUUAUUUGUGUUCAUUAACUUGUUCAGUUAAACGAUCAGGUUUUCUUUUCAAGCUUAUAUCAAACUCGUUUUUGCGGCGAUGCUACACUGGUGUAGCACUUUUGCCCUUAAAUUCUUCGGUUUUUAUUUUCGAGCUACACCAGAAGUACUCUUUUUUGCAACACUUGAUGGCACGCGACUGAAACAAAGUGUAGUUUGAAAACAACAACAACCAAAACAAACCUGUCAAAUGUCAUAAACAAAUAAAAGCUACACACAAUAUUGCAACUACAAUAGAUCAUUGCACAAUGACGUCACAAAACAAGAAGAAGAAAGGGAUUUGACAGUUGUUGCGGGUUUGCUUACAUAGUAAAAUUUUCGGCUCGAAUAAAAAUGCGGAAGUGUAUUGUUAAAAAUUACGUUCCCAAGUAUAAACCAAAAGAUCAUAGUAACGACUUCGCAUAGGAGGAGAGUUUUCCCAUCGUUUUCGUACUCGAAUCAUUCAUUUUCACUCCUAUCACAUAAAAAGUGAAUGGAACACCUUGUAAACAAACCCGUGGGGAGUGUCAGAAAAGUGAGGUUAUUUUUCGUGUGCAAUGAUCUAUAAAAAUAUUUAUUUUUCAGCUGAAGAUACUAUGUAGCACCACUCCAGACAUGAUUUCGACAUAAAUUACUAGCAUAUAUCGAAACUCUGCUAAUUUGACUAUUCAAAACAAUAUACAAAAAGGCAAGAAACAGAAACAAAUCAAUUGUAACAGAUGCACACAGAUAAGUACUACUAAAAAUAUAGUCAAACAUGACAGCAUCAAACAAUAUAGCAAAAAAUACACAAUUAUAUAACAAACAAAACUAAACUCAUAUCAGAAAAUAAUCGAAUUAGUUAUACCUAACAGAUAGGUUUAACACUAUCUCGUAUUGCAUGUGAUUCAAAAAGGUUUACGAGGUGUCGAGCUGUUUCAAUGUGCAUUUUAUGAAACCCGAACUUCUUCAUGACAGAGAUAGACACUAGUCGCGGCACUGCAUCCCUGUUGUGCAAGAACUGAAUAAACUAUCUUUUUUUCUGUAACAUACUUAAAGAAAAAAACAGUUUCACUUCUGUUAUACUUCCCUUUAAAAAGUGAAAUUCAACAAGCGCCCCAUUUUGGUUAUUCCUCUCGGUAACCAAAUAAGUAAAAAUAAACAGUGAACUGGAGUCAUCUCUACAAAUUCACGAGCAUAAACGAAAACACGUACACACGCCCACAAAUGCGUAUACAGCCACAUAUACACCAACAGAUAUACACCUAAAAGCACAAGGACAUACAUACAUACAUACACACAUACACAUAAUACGGAUACGUAACAGUACACAAUUAUACAUGUCAACCAGCGCAGCAAAUAACCAACAGUAUUCCCUUGCGUGUUUGUUUGCAACUUACCGCCAACAAACACAAGUUUUGUGCGUAAUUUUUUUGUAAGGCUUUAACGAACUAAUUCAAUAAGUUUCAACCCAUCAGCGCUAUGUACAAAAUACAAUAACAAAUCAUAUAGAUAAAGCGAAAUAAAAUCAAAUGUAUGAAUUAAAAACUUCAAAGACAAGUAAAACAGUGUUUAAAAAUUGACAAGUAUUAAACGAAAAUUCAAGGCGAUUAAACCACUUGCAUGCAAAAUAUACCUAAUAGAUGAAGACAGUAUUUAUAUUUCUUUCACUGCAACAUCAGAUAGAAAUAGAACAAUGUGUAACGCGAAGGAAAUGGCAGUCAUGCCUAUUCUCGAACACAAAAACAGAAAAAUACAAUGUUAAUAAAAUCAAACAUUUCAAAAA